GUCGUUUCCUAUAUACAGCAGAUUAAUGUCCAGAAUAGUAAGAUAGAACAAAUUCGGAAGGCAUUAAUAGUGUGCGAGUCAAAUAAAAUGCUCUUUAAAAGCAGGGAAAGAAUUGAAGCCGAGAAACUUCUGCUCAUUGAAAAUAUAAAAAAGACUCUUCUAGUACAGGCAUCUAAUUCCACUGAUGUGCAAGAUGGACACCCAGCAGAUUUUAAUAUUAGAAAUAUUCGUUUCACCUUGCAAAAAGCUGCAUUGGACAAUGCAGCUUAUUACUAUGUUUGCGUCCUUAAGUAUGGUGUCAACGUUGUAGCCAGCGAUGUAGUUAUGCCUGUAAAGAACGUGAUCUUUUUCGGUAGUAAUAUGUAUUUAAAAAAAGUCAUCCACAAACUAACACUAAGUCUGUAUCAUAUGAGGAUAUAUAAAGAUACCACACAUAAAAGUAAACUUUCAAAGAUAAAGGGGAAAAUGCUGAAGAGCCUGUUUCAUGUUACAAAUGGUAGAGCAAGACACAAUCUAGAUCAGAACAAAUAUUGCAAAUUUGAACAGAUUGGAGAAACAUCACUACCAUCUGUAAAUGAAAAUUUGAUGCUCAUAAAUAUGACUAUAGAAACUAUAGAUAUCCAUGAAAUGUUCACAGCAGACAUUAAAGUUAUGCCUCAUUUUAAACUAUAGGAACGUAAUAUAGAAUAAGUAUUGACGAUGUUUAUACAUAUAGUAUUUAUUUGAAUAACUGUACAUAUUUGUGUAUUUAAUAAGAUAUUUAUGUGAACAUUGUUGUUUAUACAGAUAAGAUUAAAAGGAAUUAUACUGCAUUGAAUAAAUGUCCUUAAAAUUAAUUUUUGUCAACUUUUCUCUGAAAGUUAUUAGCAACGAUAUGAGUUAAAUUUGUGUGGGGUACGAAACAAACACCAUUGGAGCUUCUGGAAUGUUUUGUCAGACACAAAUAUCACUGACAUCUCAUAUUUGGACGAAGUCUGUUCCGGAAGUGUUUCCAGACCACAAUACGUCCCCAUCGUU